CUGACAUAAUGGCCCCUAAAGACAUCAUGACAAACUCCCAUGCUAAGUCAAUAUUAAACACCAUGAAUUCUCUACGGAAAAGCCAAACAUUAUGUGAUGUGACAUUGCGUGUUAAUCUAAAGGAUUUCCCUGCUCACCGCAUUGUAUUAGCUGCUUGUAGUGAUUACUUUUGUGCCAUGUUCACUAAUGAGCUCUCUGAGAAGGGCAAACCAUAUGUGGAUAUACAGGGACUAACAUCAUCCACCAUGGAAAUCCUUCUUGACUUUGUGUAUACUGAGACUGUUCAUGUAACAGUGGAGAAUGUACAGGAACUGCUGCCUGCUGCCUGCUUGCUGCAGCUGAAAGGUGUCAAGCAGGCAUGCUGUGACUUUCUGGAAUCUCAGCUUGAUCCGUCUAACUGUUUGGGUAUUCGGGACUUUGCAGAGACCCAUAAUUGUCUGGAUCUUAUGCAGGCAGCUGAGGUUUAUAGCCAGAAGCACUUUCCAGAGGUUGUACAACAUGAAGAGUUUAUGCUUUUGCAUCAGGAGGAGGUGGAGAAACUAAUCCACUGUGAUGAAAUUCAGAUCAAUUCGGAAGAGCCUGUAUUUGAAGCUGUUAUAAACUGGGUAAAACACAACAAAAAUGAGCGAGAGAAAUCUCUUCCUCAGCUUCUUCAGUAUGUGCGCAUGCCACUUCUAACCCCACGCUACAUUACAGAUGUCAUCGAUGCAGAGCCCCUGAUCCGAUGCAGUUUACAGUGCAGAGACUUAGUGGAUGAAGCAAAGAAAUUCCAUCUACGUCCUGAGUUAAGAAGUCAGAUGCAGGGACCUAGAACCCGGGUGCGUCUAGGUGCUAAUGAAGUACUUCUUGUUAUUGGUGGUUUUGGCAGCCAACAGUCUCCUAUAGACAUAGUGGAAAAGUAUGACCCCAAGACCCAGGAGUGGAGUUUUCUUCCUGUGAGUGUGAUAGUGGCCUUUGCUAUGAAAUGGUGAAUAUAAAGAACCUCACCUUUACAUUUAUGUAUGAUGUAGAUCAUCGUUUUUCAGACUGAGGUGCACUUUUUGGAGAGGGGAUUUCUUGCUCUAUGUAUUCUUAAUAAACCAUAAAAUAUUUCUGAUUUUUCA